UUGAAAGUUAGAUGUCUGAUUUUCACAACUUGAGAAUGACUAUUUAAUUGAUUAAAAAUAAUGGAUGGCAUAUUUUAAAAAUGUAUAAGCUUGAUUUUCUUUUAGUUGAUUCCACUGACUCCUGUCGCUCCGACGAUUCCUCCUCCUCCGAUGGCGACUUCAUUCUCUACCAUGGCUUCUACGUCUUCAAAUGUCAAAGCACCGAUCGUCUUCAAACAUUCUCUAUCCAUUAAAUUGGAUGACAACAACUUCCUCCCAUGGAAGAAGCAAGUGCUCACUACCAUUAAAGGGGACGAUUCUUCAAUCUGAUUUUGGCACCUGCAAAAUUCAACAUUGAAGAAGUUGAGCUUCUCAAUCAUCCGUCUGAAGAGUAUCAAGAUUGGGAACUACAAGAUCAGCUCCUUUCGUGGAUGAUGCCCUCCAAGGGGGAAAACAUUAUCACCCGUGUCGUUGACAAUGAUACUUCUGUUCAGAUUUGGGAAGCCCUAAACAAGUACUACACGACUUAAACUUAUGCUAAGAUAAGUCAAUUUAAGACUCAGCUUUAUAACAUGAAGAAAAAUUCUUUGCCUCUGAAUGAAUAUUUGCUUCAUAUUAAGAAUUUAUUCCAUUUGUUAAAUUUGAUUGGUCACAAAACACCGCUUAAUAACGACAUUGAAGUAAUUAUUAAUGGUCUCAGUAGGGACUAAAUCUUUUAUCACUUCAAUUACCUUUAGAAUUCAACCCUAUACAGUCGGUGAGAUUGAAGCUCCGUUGAUAGCUCAAAAGGCGAGUAACGAAACAUCUGCCAAAUAGCUUGAUAUCGCAAAUGGAGAAGCUAAUCUUGUCAGUGUUAAUCGUCCUCUGGGUCCUCCGAGAAGUGUUUUCCCCCAACUCUCGUGGUGGCUAUUCCCCCAUUUUCCCCCUCACUAUGGUGCCUUUCUUCCGACUACAAGUGGAGAUGGCGAAGGUGAUUUCUAUACUAAUAGCUCUGGUGGCCGUGGCAAUGAUGGUCAUAGCAAAUGGAGCAAAAUUGGAAAUCCAAACCUCUUUGUCAGUAGUGCCAAAAACCUGGACAUACUGUGUUGCAGUGCUUCUACUGCUUUGACAAGUCUUUCUAUGGAUCAUCUCCUGCUUCAGGAUCGACUUCAACACCAAUGCAAGCACAAUCUCAUAAGUAGCUCAGAAUUUCUUGGUCAAGAUCAAAUCAUGGUUGGCAAUGGAACAGCUUUAAGCAUUCCUAGAUCUCCUGCCGUCUUGACGCUGAAAGCAACCAACCACAAGUAGUGGAUUGAAAAUAUUACGAUGAACUUGACCUUCAUGAAAAUGGACUGGCCUUGAGAAUUGAUGCACCAGCUCAACCUGCUGAUGAUGCUGCUGAGAAUGAUAAGAAAUCUUAUGAGGACUGGGAACACUCCAAUCAUUGUUGCUUGAUGCUUAUGAGAUAUCACAUGGACGAAUCCAUUCGUGAUAGUAUUCCCAAGUCUGAAAAUGCAAAGGAUUUUCUUACUGCCAUUAAGGAAAAAUAUAAGAAAUUCUCAAAGAAUGAGUAGAAUGAACACUUGAACAUGCUACAUCACACUAUUUAUGAUGGUUCAGGUGACAUUAGGGCUCACAUUGACAAGUUCAUGGGCCACUAUCAUAAACUUAAGGCCAUGGAUAUGGGCCUUGGUGAGGAUUACAUGGCGUGGUUGGUGAUGGAGAACAUUCCAUCUCAGUUUGAUUCAAUCAGAUCAAGCUACAAUGCUCAGAAGGAGCAAUGGACUGUUGGGGAGAUGUCUGCUAUUCUUGCCAAGGAAGAGGAGGACAUGAGAAAGGGAAGGGCAAGAAGUAUCUCCAUGGUGACAAAUCCCAAUAAUUCUCACAAGAAAAAGUUCACUCCUAGUAACUCUAGUGAUCAAAAGCAUCAUAAGAAGAAAACAGUUAGUUCUAAAGGGAGUGGACAGUCAGUCUCAUCUUCUAUUGGUCAUAAGAAUGAGUUUUUCAAGGGAAAAUGCAACUUUUGUCAAAACUUUGGGCACAAGAAAGCUGAUUGUCGAAAGCUCAAAGCUCACGUAGAAAAGAAAUGUAAUUAUCAUGUGAUGGUUUAUUUAGAGUCUAAUAUUAUUGAUGUGCCCUCAAAUUCUUGGUGGUUAGAUACUGGAGCCACAAUUCAUGUUACAAAUUCCUUGCAGGUAGUGACAAGUUGAAGAAGACCGAGUAGUUUGGAGCAGCAUGUGUACAUGGGAGACGAUACAAAAGUCAAAGUUGAAUUUUUAGAGAUAGUCAGAUUACAAUUGAAUACAGGACACUUCUUGGAAUUACAGGAUGUUGCUUACAUACCCUGUAUUAGGAGGAAUUUGAUUUCUGUAUCUUUUCUGGAUAGGCUGGGUUAUAGUCUUCAUUUUGGAACUAGAAAACUUAAUUUGUAUCGUGACUCUCUUUUGGUUGGCAAUGGAAUUUUAUGUGGAAACUUAUAUAAA